AUGAAUGCCAAGCUAGAUGGCUUAUCGCAGAUCUCAGCAUCUCCUAGUCAUGAUUGGUGCAUAGAUGUUGCUGGCACUAACACUGAUGAAGUAAGGGAACGAGUAAUUUUGAACUGCAUGCGUGAGGAACAGAUGAGUGGUUCUCGAGGAAUGACGAAUUUGGUGUUACACUUCAAAGAGGUAAAGAAAGAGGCCACUGUCACCCAAACAGCUGUUAAGAGGAUGCGCAUCGAAGCUAAAUAUACUGCUGAGAAUAGUGGCAAAUGGGUACCUAUAAUAGCAUUCGAAUGUCGUGGUUGUGAGAUCACCAAGUGGCACCCUGAGAGGGGGUACCAAGGCAGAAGCGUUGGAGGUACUUUAUUCAAUGAUAUCGAUCUUAGUGAUGACUGGUGUGAAUAUGAUGCUGAUAAUGAGGCUUCUGUUGGAGUAUAUGAUCUUCAGUGGAAACUUGAAAAAGUAUAA